AUGAUUCACGUCAUCGCCGACGGUGCUCUACUCGUUCCGGCGCUGGUGGCCGAGAAGCUGAUCGAUGUCUUCGAGUCUGGACAAUACCAUGUCGGCGAUGACCAUCGCGCUGCUCACCGGGUUGACACUCUGGCGCUGGCCCGAUCGCUUCCGCGCUCACGAACAAGUGGGGCUGUCGAACUGUCUGUAUUAUUGGAUCGGUCAUCGCUGCGAUUGGAUGCCUCAUCUCAUCAUGGGCCAACUCGAUGGGCUACCUAUCGGCUAGUACGACGCGCCCUGGCCACCGGAAUCACCGUUUGCGGCGCUGGAGUCGGGUCUGCCGCGUUUGGCCCCAUCAACAACUGGGUGAUCCAGAAUUACCGGCUGGAGGGCUGGUUUCGAGCCAUUCUGACCUGCAUCUUGUAUGGAGCCACCUUCCGUCCGAUCCAAUUCCGCGAGGACAACGACGAGGAGGAGAAGAAGGCCCUCGACGAGUCCAAGGAGGAGAACGGAAACAUCAAGCCAAAACCCAAAGUUUCCCGCGGCUCGAAACUUCCUGGGAUCCUGGAAGACGCUGCCCUGCUGUCGCCUCCAAUUGUUGGCGGGCGAUUGCACUCGUCAAGCUCGUCGCAGAUCGAUAAGAGUGGUACCAACUCGCUGAAGGGCUCAAAACACUCGAUUUCGCUCAGCCAAGUUAAUGGGGAACCCCGCUCUCGCUCCGGCACCGUUUCCUCGGCCACCGGAUACCUCCAGAAAAAGGACGUCUUCUACACCGGCUCCGUCCACAACCUGCCCGAGUGCAAGGACAACCCGGAUUACGUCAAGUCUAUCACGUCGUUGAACGCUGGACCCGUCGAGAAUGAGAAGGGUGUCAUCGCCUCGAUGCUGAACUCUGACCUGCUGCGCGACAAGGCCUUCUGGAUCUUUGCCAUCUCGAACCUGAUGACGUCGGUCGGCUUCAACUCGCCGCUCUAUUUCCUGCCCCUCCAUGGCAACAAGGGCCUCGGGCUCACACCGGAAGCCUCGGCUGUCGCCAUCACCUACUUCGGCGUUUUCAACACGAUCGGCCGUCUUCUCUUCGGUUUGAUCGGCGAUCUCGGAGGCGCCAAUGCCGCCCGCAAUCGUAUGCUCAUCUACAUCGGAUCGUUGGCGUUCUGCGGCGUUCUGACCUCCCUCUCCUACCUGUUCAGCAGCUACGCGUUGCUCUGCGCCUACGCUGGGCUUUUUGGCUUGAGCAUUUCUUCGUACGUUUGCCUGACUUCCGUGAUUCUCGUCGACUUGCUCGGCAUUGAGAAGCUGACCAACGCCUUCGGGUUGCUGCUGUUGUUCCAGGGCAUCGGCACCGUGUUCGGCCCGCCGCUGUCCGGCUACCUGGCCGACAGCUUCAACUCCUACCACCCGGCAUUCAUCUUCUGCGGCGUCAACCUGGCGCUGUCUGGGGUGAUGCUGUUGCCGUUGCUGAAGAAGACGCGCCCGGCCGAACAGGCCAAGCACCUGAUCAGCCCCCAGGUC